GAUAACUUUGGCCUGUGUUUCGACGCCAACUUGAAGAGCUGAUACCAAGGACCUUUCCUUCAACCUCUACUGAAUCUGCCCGUCUUUCGACUAUAGUACUACAGCAAGGUGUUCAGUGCAGCAUGGCUUCACCCACAACUCCCACUUCUCUCCUCUUCACGGAAACCGAGAGCGAUAUUUUAGCUCUCUACGACGAACUUCUACGGCUUCAACUCGAGCUCGCCCUUCUUCAGUCACGGCAGGAUCAUCAUGCAGAAGAGACUGAUGCCUCGCAAGGCACUGAGCACGCGUUGGCUGACGAGCAGGCACGGCUUUUAGAGGCAAGAGCAACCCUAGCUCUGCGCAACAGUGUUGUGGAAACUGUGAUGGCAGUCCAGCCGACUCUGAAUGCGGUCCAUCAUGCCACCCAUGCCUCACCUGUUGAACGCGACCUGUUGCCCCACACUGAACAGCGAGAUGCAGCUGCAGCCAGAGCAGCCAGAUUGUGUUCAGAGUUGGAGACAGCUAGGGAUCGUCUGGCGCAGCUUGAAGUUGAGAAUCUCCGUACCGCUCAGCGCAACAGGAAGCUGGCCUCAGAAGUCCUGCGACUGGCUGGGAAAACCGACCGUCAGGACUCGAACGGCCCUACCCAUGGACGGUUUAGAGGGGAAAUAGCCGUUCUGGAAGGCCAGGUAAAGUCCAGCCGCCACAGAUGGAAAAUAAUGAAGGGUGCGGCGAGCACGAUUGUAGCCGGAAGUGGAAUCGACUGGGUCCGGGACGAGCGCCUAAGAGACCUGGUGCUCGACCCGCCACAGUGACAGCAAGUCAAGAACAUCUACCUACCUGUAGACUUUCCACAUCCUUCGCUAUGCGAAGGAAGACCUACCAUCAUCCAAAAGACUUCGGGCGCGUUGUUGGACAGCUACAUACGUAGUCAGCUGGCAGGAU